UCGGAACUUGCAGUUCCCACCAUUAGUAAGUAUGAAGGUUCUGUUUGUGUGCAUAGGCAACACCUGUCGCUCUCCUAUGGCCGAGGCCAUCCUGAAGCAUUUAGUUCUAAAACAGAACCUUCAGGAUUGGCAUGUGGACAGCGCUGGACUCAGGGAUUGGAAUGUGGGCCUAGAGCCUCAGGUACGCGGUCAACAAUUGCUAAAACAGCAUGGACUUAAAACUAAACACUUGGGUCGUAUGAUAACUCCACAAGACUUUUAUGAUUUUGAUUACGUAUUCGCCAUGGACAGCAGCAACCUGUUGGAACUUCAGCAAAUGGCAACCAGGCUUAAUCCCAGCCCCAAGUGCAAGAUUCAAUUGCUGGGCAGCUACAUUGGUCGCAAGGAGGAUGAGAUCAUCCAAGAUCCAUACUUUAGCCAAGGCAUGGGCGGUUUUAAUGCCGCAUAUCUGCAAAUCCUUGAAAGCUGCGAGGGGUUUCUGCAAAAAUAUAUAUACCAAGAAAAAUUUGAUGAAGAAUAACUUAUAAAAUAAUUAAAAAUAAUGUGGUUAU